UACGAUAGUUGCAUAACAGCCCUGUUCAAUGCGCAGGGUAAUGCAAAAGUGUAAACAAUCUUAAUAAAUACAAUUUAAAUGCGCUUCUAAAUGGAUAUUUCUUCGGCGGCUAAUGUUUAUUUACGUCAGUUGGGCGAGGCUCGUCCACGCAUUACCGAAUUGAACUCGAACAUAUUUACGAAAGGCGGACCCGCACCCAAAUCACUUGUCGAAAUAUCUGGCAAAAGAAAAAGCGGGAAAACUUUUCUACUAAUGCAAAUUAUUGCGAAUUGUCUAAUAAAUUGUGAUGUUAUCCUAAUUAAUAUUAGCCAUAAGAUUGACUAUCAAAUAUUUGGAAAACUUGUGCAGGACGCUGUGAAGAAUACGAAUCCGAAUGCAACAGGCGUCCAAUUGCAGGAGAUUUGUGAAAACUGCUUAAAUUCAUUGGAAAUUAUAAAUUGCUUUUCAUCUCAAGAAGUUCGCAUGGCCUUAAAAGCUUUGGACAAUCAUAUUUUGUUUGAUAAUGAAAGAAUUAGUCUUGUUGCAAUUGAUGGAUUGUGUGAAUUUUAUUGGCUUGAUUUGCCACAAAAUGUGCGAAUUCGUAAAUACAAAUACUAUAUGAAUAUUUUGGAGGAAAUCAACAAGAUUUGCAAGAGAUUUUACGUUUGUUGCAUUUACACAGUGGACAGCAGUUUCUUAAAAAACUCCUAUGCUCCAUGCAAAGCGAUAAAUAUAGAUCACAAAUUACAAUUGAAGUGCCUAGCAAAUGGUAAGCGAAUACUGAAUGACGAGGAAAUUGUUAUAGAUGAAAGUGGAAUUAAAUUUAAGUAGAAUUAUAAAAUAAAGUAUAAUACAAAUUUGAAAAACAAAUUCUGGCGCCUUUUAUUUUUAGUGAGUAUGAAUAUCAAAAACGAUAUAAAUUAUCGAUAAGAUUCUGGAAUUGUACUCGGUGUUUGUAAAGCUAAUCGACAUUUUUCAUAUUUGGUGCCAUCUCUGGUUUUUCUGUUCGACGCGACGAGCAAAACGUGCUACUUUUUUCUAGCAGGCCGAUUUUAAAUAU